AUGGCGCAGAGGAAGGAGAAGAGAAUGCUGUCGAAUCGAGAAUCGGCUCGCCGGUCUCGGAUGAGAAAGCAGAAGUACUUGAAUGAUCUUAUGUUGCAGGUGAGCUGUCUACGGCAGGAAAAAGAUGAGAUUUUUACUGCUAUCAAUGCUACUUCCCAGCGCCAUAUUGGAGUCGAAGCACAGAAUUGUCUUCUGAGGGCGCAGCUGACGGAGCUUAUCAAAAGGUUACAGUGCCUCCGUCAUAUCAUUCAUUGCAUGAACGUCGCCGACGCCGGCGACGGCGGGGGGAGGGGAUGUGUUGGAUUCGCGUCGUGUUUGCCGGAUGCUGAGGAUGACAGCUUGCUUCGACCAUGGACUUCUCUGCACAUAAAGCAGGGUCUUCAGGGUUCUGAUGUGUUUUAA